CCGUCAACAACUGGACUCCAGCUAUUUUUUGUAUUUUCACUGCUAGCCUGCUAACGAUGAUUCAUUGCGUUCGAAAAAAGCCAACUUAACCUAAUCUGGGGGACAUUUAUUCUUCUGUCGUGUGCUUGCAACAUACUCCAUCGAUAGCUGGUGCCGAUGUGCAUUAAAUGUGAGUCGAAGGGCCGACGAGAGCGGUGAUAUCUUGUGGCUCACCGUCCUUUAGCCGCCUCGGAGAGCAGCUACUGCUAGCACCUCCGGAGAGAGUUAGCUGGCUGACAGCUGGCUCGGCUAGCUACGUGUCUUCAACAGUAACGUAGCUAAGAUUUACUCCCCGAAACAAUGCAUUCUCUCUGACAUUGAGAGGACUGAUGCCCAGUUGGUUGACACAUUGGAGUAACUAAAACUAGCUAAGGUGCCAUUGAAGAUAACAGGGUGAGCCGUCAUUACACCUGCCGAUGCACCCCUGGUUCUGAUCAGAGCUGCCAAUAUGAUGCCGAUGAUAUUGACGGUGUACCUCAGCGAUGGGGAGCAGGCUGUGACGGAGGUGCCCAUCACCCCUGAGACGACGUGCCGGGAUGUCGUGGAGUUCUGCAAAGAGCCCGGGGAGAGCGGCUGCCACCUGGCUGAGGUCUGGAGAGGCAACGAGCGAGCGAUCCCCUUCGAACACAUGAUGUAUGAACAUCUGCAGAAAUGGGGGCCUCGGAAACAAGAAGUCAAGUUCUUCCUCCGGCACGAAGACUCACCGACAGAGAGCAGCGAUCAAGGGAGUCAGCAGUCUCAGGAUCAGACGAGUCGCAGAAGUGGAAGCAGCGGAGAGAAGAACAGUGAGAACGGGGUGGGGAAUCAGCGUGUGGAGCUCACGCUGUCGGAGCUGCAGGAGAUGGCCACACGGCAGCAGCAGCAAAUCGAGGCUCAGCAGCAGAUGCUAGUCGCAAAGGAGCAACGUCUGCGCUACCUGAAGCAGCAGGAGCGGCGUCAGCAGCAAACCGUUUCAGAGAGCGAGAAGCUGCAGAAGCUGAAGGAUCGCGUGGAGAACCAGGAGGCAAAGCUCAAGAAGAUCCGGGCAAUGAGAGGCCAGGUGGACUACAGCAAGGUCAUCAAUGGCAACCUGUCGGCAGAGAUAGAGCAGGUCAGCGGCCUGUUCCAGGAGAAGCAGGGGGAGCUGCAGUCUGCGGUGCUGAGGGUGGAGCAGCUCAGCCUGCAGCUGGAGGACCUGAGGAGGGGGAAGCUCAACGGCAUUCAGACCGCUCUGGGGGGCCAGGUCAGCGGCGCUGCAGCCCUCGAGCUCCGCAAACUGUACCAGGAGCUUCAGAUCCGGAACAAGUUGAACCAGGAGCAGAACAGCAAGCUGAAGCAGCAGAAGGAUAUCCUGAACAAACGCAACAUGGAGGUGACGCUCAUGGACAAACGCAUCAGCGAGCUGCGGGAACGUCUCUACAAGAAAAAAGCUGAGGCACGUCAAAAAGAAAACCUUCCUCUGAACAGAGCCAACGGGCCCCCCUCCCCUCAGCCGGCUGCUGGUACCCUGGGCCGCGUCGCUGCCGUGGGGCCGUACAUCCAGGUGCCUGUCCCGGGCCGACAGGAAGGAGGCUACAACAUCCCCCCCGAUCCCCUCAAGCCUCAGACUCUGGGCGUCAAUAACCAAGCCAACCACGGCCGCACCAAGUCAGACGGUGUGCGAAAGCCUCCCCGUCCUUGGAAAGUGUCUGAUUUAGACGUCGUUGUGGACCCGGUACCCCCGUCCCUUCAGGAAUCAAAGUCGGGCCCCGGAGCCUCCACGGGCUCUGACGGCACGUCCCCGAGUGAAGCUGGUUGGCCUACUUUAGGCAAGUCAAACUCAACUCUGAAGCCUCCUGAGAGACGAAACUCAGGGACUGACACCCAGGGCAAGAGCCCUCCCUCAGGCUCCCCCGUCACUCCGAGUGCAGACAAGGUGCUAGACUCCAAAAUGGUUGUGUCCUCCCCCGCCAUAUCAAAGCCACAGCCGCCUCCCUAUGGCUCCCACCUCAUCUCAGCAAACUCGGCCACCACCUUGGAUCGACGCAAGGAAGUUCCUCCUCCUCCUCGCCCCCUCCCAAACCCCCCAGCUCCGGCGUGGCCCCGCACCCCCGCCACCACUGGCUCGUCCUCGCAGCAGAUCCAGCAGCGGAUCUCGGUGCCGCCGAGUCCCACCUUCCAGCAGAACGCCCCGCUCUUCCCCCCCGGGCUGAGCGAGCGGCUGGAUCCCCCCCCAGCUGUGGCAGUGCGCCCCUUCAUCCCAGACAGAGGGUCACGGCCGCAGUCGCCCCGAAAGGGUCCGCCUACCAUGAACUCCAGCUCCAUCUAUCACAUGUACCUCCAGCAGGCAGCGCCAAAGAGCCAGCCGCUCAAACCAGCGCUCAAAGCAGUAUAUGGGAAGCCUGUCCUCCACCCCAGCUCGACCCCCCCCUCGCCUCUGCCUUUCACCCAGGCCGGAGGGGCCUUCCCGUUGCUCCAAGGCCAUCUCAUUGGUGAGGACUGUAUGGACGGAGAAAUGGAUGAUCAGGAGUUCUACCAGCACCCAGAGCCCUUAGCCCCUCCCCCCAGCGUGGAGAACAUCCCACGGCCGCUCAGCCCCACCAAGCUCACCCCCAUGGUUCACUCCCCGCUGCGCUACCAGAGCGACUCGGAUCUCGAGGUGCUACGUAAGAAGCUGGCGAACGCUCCGAGGCCGCUGAAGAAGCGCAGCUCCAUCACAGAGCCGGAGGGCCCCAGUGGCCCCAACAUCCAGAAGCUGCUCUACCAGAGGUUCAACACCCUGGCAGGGGGCAUCGAGGGGAAUGGAGUCAGCGGGUCGGGAGGAGGCAACGGUGCAGGUAACGGAACGCCAUUUUAUCAGCCGGCGAACCCUCCUGCGUAUCUGGGAGGCGACUCGGGGGCGGAUACAGACAAUGGAAACCUCCUCUCUGAUUUGCCGCUUCCUCCUCCACCGGGGGCCGAGGAGCUGGGCGGUCUGACAUCACCGAGUGACGCCAACGCCAACGAGUCGCUGCCCUCGCCACCAGAGCUGGAUCCCGCUGAAGACGAGGAGGCAGAGGACGACAACAACAACAACAACAUGGGGGGCUCCGAGGCGUCGCUGCCCAGCCCCCUGCUGGAGGUCAGCACUCCAGAGGAGAGCGGCUCCGCCAGCUCACACACUCUGGAUAAGCGUACGAACCUGAAGAAGCCGGACUCUGAGCGGACGGGCCACGGCUUCAGGGUGAAGUUCAACCCUCUGGCUCUGCUGCUGGACGCCUCGCUGGAGGGGGAGUUUGACCUCGUCCAGAGGAUUAUCUAUGAGGUAUGUCACGACUGUGUGGAGAACCCGAGCACGGCCAAUGACGAGGGCAUCACCCCCCUGCAUAACGCCGUGUGUGCGGGACACCACCACAUAGUCAAGUUCCUGCUGGACUUUGGGGUGAACGUCAACGCUGCAGACAGCGACGGAUGGACUCCACUCCACUGUGCCGCCUCCUGCAACAGCGUUCAUCUCUGCAAGGUGCUGGUGGAAUCAGGGGCCGCCAUCUUUGCCAGCACCAUCAGCGAUGUGGAGACUGCUGCAGAUAAAUGCGAGGAAAUGGAAGAGGGCUUCAUCCAAUGCUCCCAGUUUCUAUACGGAGUUCAGGAGAAGCUGGGCGUAAUGAACAAGGGCACGGUGUACGCUCUGUGGGAUUACAAAACUCAGAAUCCGGACGAGCUGGCGUUCAGCGAAGGAGACGCCAUCACCAUCCUGCGGCGGCAGGACGACAUCGAGACAGACUGGUGGUGGGCGAGACUCGAAGACACCGAGGGCUACGUGCCACGCAACCUGCUAGGGCUCUAUCCCCGGAUCAAGCCUCGUCAGCGCUCCCUUGCGUAAUGUCUCACUCCUCUCUCACUCCGCUGACCUCUGGCUAACAGCUGGACUUUUGACACAAAGAGCAGAGAACAAACGAGCCUGGUGCUCUGUCUUCUUCCCGCGGCCAUAACCCCCCCCAGCAAGCAAUGGGCACCAAACUGACACACAUAUUUCCAUGUGCACACACACACACACACAUGCAACAAAACACUAGCACUCCAAAUGCGAAAAAUCUCUUAAACCACUCCACCCCGACCCCUACCCUCCUCCUCUCAUCCUUUUGCUCAUUCAUUGUCCUAACUUGGUUUUACCGCCGUUAACUGAGAGCUGUGUAUCUACUUGAAGAUUAAAACACUAACUUAUGUUUAAGUAUUCAUUGCAGCCAUGAGUUCUUAAAUGGCACUGGUCUGUAUGACACUAUGGUAACUGAAAAAUCAUCUGUAAUGGUGAGACAUUACAGGUUUAUGUAAGUAAAUUGUUAAAUGUAUUAUAGUUUUUUAUCCCAAUUUGAUCCCCUUGCAUGAUAAAAACACUGACGCAGAAACAUGUGCUACGUGUUUUAUCUUGCUGUAGUCCAACCACCAAAGAUGAAUAUAGAUUUAACAAUGUUUUAAUCCUAUAACUCCCGAAGACCUCGCAUAAUUGUUGAGGUGGGAAGUGAGAUAAUCAAUUGAUUUGCUGCUUUCAGAAAUGAAUGAAGAUAAAGAAUCCCUUUUUCCUUCAAGAUUUAGAAGGAAAAAUAUAAAAAAGGUGUAGAUUCUCAGUAUUAACUACACAGGCCAGUCCGAACAAAUCCAGCGUAUUAAAGCAAAGAUUAACAUAAAUGUACGGCUCACAAAUUGUCAUGAAUUGAGUUUCAUGAACAUCAUUACAUGUUUUUUCAUUCAGUGCGAUCUGUUCAGAUUCUGUAUGCGGGAGUGUUAUGGGUUAUCCAGUUUGUAAUAUGAGAUUUCAAGAUCCAAAUAUUUACGCAGAGUUUGUAUUUUUGGUAAUCUGAUUGUCCUUGAAAUGAACGUCUCAUGCUAUUGUGUUUGAAAUGGGCAACAAACAGUAUUUUGCUUUACCAAAAAAGGUUGCCAAAUUGAGAAGCUGUGUCUGCACAACAUCUGUAGAGUGUGAUCCAAGCUUACAAAUGUAAAUCUAUUAUAUUACUAUACGUAUUGCCGCAUUUAGAAAUAUGAAAAAAGUUGUUUUAAACUCCACAGCGGUGAGGCGGGCAAGAAUCAGCUCCACAGAGACAGAAAGAUACUAUUUAAUUUGUGCUAUUUUUAAGUCGUUACAGUAUGUAUAACCUUUUUUUUUAAGCAUUUAUUAUAAGUUGUUCCUCACUUCAGAGGUUUUUUUUCUGACUUCUGGCACUUGAUCUUUGCUUUUUCUAUGAUUUCACUUGACCACAUGGCAAAACACGUGCAAGCAGUAUUUUCUUAAUCAAAGGAAACCUGUCUUUUAAUGAAAUUCAGACACUCCACACCAGAAACACUCGCCCGACCAUCAUACAGGCUUUGUAGACCUCACUAGACAAAGUGAACACUCAAUAUUUAUAACCUUUUUUUUUUUUAAAUAUGUCUCGUCAUCUUACGUUGCAGUUCUUUCUUUGAUGCUGUGACAAACAAACCCCACUUUAACUCAGGACCAACACGGUGCUGCUGACACAGUUCCAUCACUCAACUAGUGAUCAUAUUUCUAUUUUCUAUCACCACAAACAUCACCUUCAUUUGCGCAGCGAAACAAAUACACAGUCCAAAUUCAAAUAAAUGAAAUCAGUAAUGGGCAUAAGUAAUUGAUCGAUGAAGAGAUGGUUAUUGUGUUUAGAUUCAGAUUUCGAAUUCGCUACAGACAAUCCUGAAUUGACCCAGUUCUCUUCUUCCAGCUGCCCCCUUUCAGGUCUACACCACUCCAGUAACACUAAUACAUGUGUUGUUUGUCACAUAAUUCAACAGUCCAUCAACUUGUUCCUGAACUCUGAGUGACUGAGCGUAAUGCCAAGUGUGCUAGUGGCCCAUGCUUUAUCAUGGCUUCAUCUGCAUCUAGUGUGAGGAGAUGUGUUAUAUGUCUGUUUGCUGUAUGGAGAAGUGGGCUUGCUGUAUAAACGCUGUACUCACACAUUGAGUUCUGUAAAUGUGAAUAAUAAAACAGAAGCUCUGGCAUGACAAAUGUAUUUCAGUGUCGUAUCCGCAAAAUAAUUCAACGAAUGCAGUGUUGCAUUUUAUAAAAUGUUUAAAUAUUGUGAA